CAGAUCAUCAGACAAGGGAUGGCCGACCCAGUGUUCUAUGCUCAGCUGAACCUGACAGAUGCGAGGCCUCCGCUGCGCGAGACAACACCUCAUCCUAAAGGACACUUCUCUAGGAUAAAGAAAUCGUUAUUUGGCCUCUUAUUAGUGAUCUGUGUAAUAAUGGGGACGAUUAUUGUAUAUAUAUGUAUACAAGCCUCUUCCCUUCAGUGUUCACAUAAUAUGUUUAUAGCUGAGAACCUUCCGGGGAAUGAGACCAACCGACCUCCGACCUCUGUGACCAUCACCGGGCUACCGAAAGCUUCUCUCUCAGAUGUCUGCUCGGAGGGUUGGCUUCUACUGAACCAGAAGUGUUACUUCUUCUCUGAAGAGAGGCGAUCCCAGGCAGAGAGUCACCAGUCAUGUACAUCUCUAGAGGCGAAGCUGGCCACCAUCAAACCCACGCAAACUAUUCUGAAAGGUUUUAUUUGGAGCCUCGGAGGAGAUUAUUGGGUUGGUCUAAAGAAAGAACGUCGUGACCGAUACUGGGAGGAUCUCUGGUACUGGUCAGACGGCGCCAUCGAGGAAAAUCUCCUCAGCGAUGAUGACUCCAAAUCAUGUGCGAAGAUCGGCAAAAAGUCAUCGACCGAACCGAAACCAGAACCGUGCUCCACAGAACUGCGCUGGAUCUGUGAGAAACCAGCGGCGAUGCCAGAUACCCUGUGAUGCAUUGUGGGUACAGGGCAGGAGGAGCCGCCAGGGACUAGAGUCACAUGACUAUUAAGGGGCACAUCAUCAGCCAUUAGACUUGC